ACCACCAGCUACCAGCUACCAGUUAGUUAAAUACCACAACUAAUCAACAUGAAAUUCGUCAUUGUUUUUGUUGCUCUCUUCGCUGUGGCUUUGGCUGCGCCACCACAACAACAAGUGGAAAUUGUGCGCCAGGAUUCUGAUGUCCAGCCUGAGGGUUAUCGUUUCGGUUAUGCUACCAGCGAUGGUACACAGCACGAUGAAGAAGGUCAACUGAAGAAUGUUGGCUCCGAAGAUGAGGCUAUCGUCGUGCGAGGUUCCUACAGCUUUGUCGGUGAUGAUGGUCAGACUUACACCGUUAACUACGUAGCCGAUGAGAACGGUUUCCAGCCACAAGGUGCCCAUUUGCCAGUAGCUUAA